AUAAUUCCUCCUUCACCCCCGGAAACCGCUCUCCCCCUCCAUACUCUCCCGCCGCCCUUCUCGUCACAAAACCUUACGCAAAUAACCCAAGGCGCGGAAGCUCUCGUCUACAAAACUACCUUUCUCACCCCACAUAUUCCAGUCGUUGUCAAAUAUCGGCCGCCAAAACCCUACAGACAUCCCACUCUCGACCGCCGAUUGACGAAACAACGAUUACUGGCGGAAGCGAGGAGCUUAGUACGCGUGAAGAAAGAGGGCGUCAACGUUCCGGGGGUACUAGGUGCGGAUCCAGAGGCGGGGUGGUUAGUGUUGGAGUUUGUAGAGGGAAAAACUGUAAGGAAGGUGCUGGAUGGGUGGGCAGAAGAACAUGCGAAGGAGGACGGUGGGGGAGAAGAGAGCAAUGGGAGUGGGAAGGAGGAAAUGUUGGACCUUAUGCGCAGAGUGGGACGUGAGGUGGGGAAACUGCACAACCUGGGCGUGUGUCACGGGGAUCUGACGACGAGUAAUAUCAUGUUACGGACACCCUCUCCUCCAUCGACGCCUCCACCGCGACCGGCAGGCCAUAUAUACCUGAUCGACUUCGGGCUCACAACUUCUACAAUAGCAGACGAAGAUCGCGCUGUUGAUCUUUACGUGCUUGAACGCGCGUUCGCGGCAACACACCCCGCCGCAGAACCGUUGUUCCAGGAAGUCCUGAGUGCAUAUGGAGGGAGCUACAAGGGCGCAAAAGCAGUGCUAAGGAGGCUGGCGGAUGUGCGGUUAAGAGGGCGGAAGAGGAGCAUGUUGGGCUGA